CAGCAACCAUAAAAUUUCAUAACUCGACCAAUUUAACCCCAAUUGGUCCCAAACUUUCCAGACCUGCUCUAUAUGUCCCAAAUAACAUAUCCAAGGCAUCAAACCUACCCAGAAACCACAGAUACAAAAUUUGCCAUUGGAGCUCAAGCUUUGAGUUCCAAACUCAAGCUUGAGCAAACCACCUAAACAAGCAUGCAAACCAACUUAAUUCUACAUAACUAAGUAUAAUAUUACCUCUGCAAACUAACAAGAACAUCCAGCAACAUCACAGAACAAAAUGAACCAUUUCUUUCAAAAAUUCACAACUUUUUCACAUAAAAACUAAAAGCUUGAACAACCUAGCUACUCAUGCUUCAAACAACUCAAUUAACAUCAAAUAAUCAUGCUUUGAACUUUAGAAAAACAACAAAAUCACAGCAGCAACAAUUACUAAAAUCAUCAUGCAUUUCACUCAACUUUUUCAUCAUUUUUCUCAAAAUUUAAAGGAAGAAAACAAGAGAGCUAACCUAGCUUGGAAAAAUGCUUAGAUUAGGAUGAGAAUCCACUUGAAAAUUGAACAAAAAUCCAGCCCUUUGAAUCCCAUGCACCAGCCGAAAUGAGAGGAAAAGAGAGAGAGAGUUUCUUGAAAAUUUCUAUUUUUUGACUAAGUGUUUGAAAAGUGAAAGAAAUUAAAAGAGUAAUGCCACUUAACCCAAAACCAUUUCAGCCAACAAUUAACAAUUUAAAUAAACAUUUAACAUUUAUUUUCAAUUAAUAAACUCACUAAAAGACAAAACACUAAUGGGGCAAAAAGACCAUUUUGCCCCUCCACCAUAAAAUCAUGAAAAUCAUACUAAAGGGGUAUUUUUGGGACAUUCUAAAUUCCCGGCCAUUCCCGACAUUCCCAAUGUCUAAAACCCGUCCCCAAAUUACUAACAUACUAAGUUGUGAUUUCUACUGAGCCAAACGCCGAGUUCCAAAAUACCGGACACCGGAAAUGCGAAAUAUAAAAGCUACUGAUGACAUAAUCAUGCAUAUCUGGAUUCCAUAAAUAACAGUAAUAAAUUAUUUAAAUGGCUAUAAAUAAUUUCAUAAUUAACAUAAAUAACUGCUAAUUUCCAAAUUAACUAAGCGGGCUUUACAUGGGUAGAAUGCUUCAGUGAUAAAGUCAUUGGCACGUAGCCCUUCGACUUCAUAUUUCAGCACUUGGGUGCACUCUUUGUCCACCAACCUCCUUUUUUAUUGCACGUGUUAGAUGUUUAGAUCAAUGUUUAGUGCAUGGGUCAUCACGGAAGGGUCUAUUCUGACCAUGUCUCCAUGUGACCAUGCAAAGAGGUCAGGGUUUGACCUUGGAAAUUUUAUCAAUAUUGAUUUUAUUUUUGGCUCUAAACCUUUCCCAAUCGUUAGUUUUCUGGAUAGAAGAGUGGGAUCAAUCUCCACUUCUUCUAGUUCUUCCACAGGUCAAAAGCUGUCUACAGGAUCCCAAAAACAAAGAUCUAGGAGGGAACAUCAAGCCAUCCAGAACUCCUUUCUAGACGAAGACUAGCUUUCCCUAGAGACUCCUUCCGGAUGAACAAGUUAGACUUCUGGAAAUGCCCUUCCGAAUGACAUCUAACUUUUCAUAAAGGCGAACAACUUCUGAAGUAGAUAAACUGGACUUUUGAAACUCCUUUCGAGACUACAUCUAACUUUCCACGAGACUUCUUCCGUACACCUUUUUCAUUUGGAGGAACUAUACUACAAAUUCGUUUUUGUAUUAUAUAAAUAAACAAAGAAUAACUUUCGAUAAACACAAUCCAAAUGCCGGCUUCUCAUUAAAAAGCUUUAUUACUAACGUGCCGUGUUGCACAAUGAAGGAUUCAUUGGGAGUUUUGUGGUUAUUAGUUGAUUACAUUAGAAUUAAUUAAUAUUUGCUUCUAUGAUGAACUUUCAAACUCAUGUAUCUAUAUAAAUAUAAGAUAUCUAUCUAUAUAAAAUGUGAGUGUUACGUGGUUACUAUAUAGCAUAAACAUAAAGAAUAGAGAGAUAACCUUGUGGAGUUGUGGUCAUACCCUAAACUAUAAACGGUCAUAGUCAUGCAGUGUGAACAAAGAGGCAUACCUGCCCUAUUAUCUACUUAAAAAUUUGUCAUAAAGUCUGCUUUUUCUUUUUUCUUUUUUGUUAAAUCGUACAGUCUUCUGAUGAAUUCAUUGCUAUAUGUACGUUUUCAUGUUGAUUAUACUUUUCUAGUAUAAAGCAUUUUUUAAUGGAUUUGAUUUGUGUCUGUAUGAGUUUCACGUAUGGAUCUUUGUAUAAAGGACAGAUUUGUAUAUCCCUCAAAAAAAAAAAAAAACAGUUUUUUAUAUGUGUAGCAUCAGAUGGCAAAUAUUCAAAUGGGGUUCAAAGGUGGGGCCAUAAGAUUCGAAAUCAAGAAUGUGGUCUACAAUUCAAUUUUUUUUUUUCUUUUAACACGGAUCAGAUCAGAUCACAUCAUAGAUCUCAUCCCACGGUAGGAUGAAUCUGACAACUUUUCAAUGAUCAGUAAAGUACUUGCUAGUAUAGUGGUGUACAUCUACAAGUACGUAUGUAUAAAGUUUGACUUGUUUGUACUAAAAAAAAUAAAGAUAAAAAAAGGAAAAGAAAACUAUCUUGGAAAUGGUUUGAUUGAUGAAUGAAGAAGGCGUUUAAAUUUUAAAACCGAAAACCAAAACAAGGACUUCUGUGCCUUCUUCCUUAAUGGUGCUCUCUAGUAGUUUGACAUUUGAAACACUCUUCUCAUCUUAUUAAAUACAAUAAAACAACAUCAUUGACUAAUUAAACUCUAUUAUUAUAAUAAUAAAGCUCUGUUUUACAAGUUAAUAUCUUCAAUAUUCUAAUUUAACCACACAGAGAGACAUUGACAUUGUUUUCAUCAUCACACUGCUAUUUUUCAAAACCUUUGAAACCAUCUGGUUUUAGUCUCUCCUUUUUUUUUUUGGUCACACAGAGACAUUAGGUGUAUGUAUUGUUUUUCUGUUUUAUUGGAUUUAACUCUAAUACCAAAUUAGUCUUCAGAUUUUCUAACCUGUAUUUUCAGACAUGUCCUCAAUUUUAAGCAAAAACAACUGUGAAAACAGUGCACCUUCUUCUUUCCGUGAAUUCAAAAAACAAGCUUCAUUUUUCUUCAAGGAGAAGAUCAAGACUGCCAGAUUGGCCCUCACAGAUGUUACACCAGCAGAGUUAUUAACUGAAGAAGCCACCAAUGGGAAUCCAUGGGCUCCUGACACUCGGACCUUGUCUUCAAUCUCAAGAUCUGCUUUUGAGAUAGAUGAUUACACCAGAAUUGUUGAGAUUUUGCACAAAAGAUUUCUGAAAUUUGAAAAGAAAAAUUGGAGGGUCUGUUACAACUCUCUGAUUGUUCUUGAGCAUUUGUUGACUCAUGGACCAGAGAGUGUCGGAGAUGAAUUUCAAGGGGAAAAAGAUGUCAUUAAAGAGAUUGAAAGGUUUCAGUACAUAGACGAAAAAGGGUUCAACUGGGGUCUUGCAGCUAGAAAAAAAUCAGAGAGAGUACUGAAUCUACUUGAAAAGGGUCCUCUGCUUAAAGAAGAAAGAGAUAAAGCUCGGAAGCUAAGUAGAGGGAUUCAGGGAUUUGGAAGCUUCACACAAAGGUCAUCAACCCCACAAAAGAUUUUAAGACAAACAUCAGUUGAAACUUAUGGAAGGUGUAACUCUCAGUUCAUUAGCCAUGAAAAUCAGGAGAACAUGAUGACCCCUUAUGCUAAAAAAGAUGAAACUUUUAUAAUCAAGAAUGAAAGACUAAACUUGGGCAACAAAACAGAGAGUUCGAAUACUAUGAAAGCUGCUGCUGAAAUGAGUGUCAAGGAGAACAUGGCUCCUUCUCCUGAGGAGAGUGACUUUCAUGGAUGGGACCGAGUUGGAGAGGCUAACCCGCUUUUAAAUGGUGAGAUUGAUGGGUCAAGACUUGGAACUUCAAUAGAGGAGGAUCAUCCCUUUAGUGAUGCUCACAAGAAAAGUAAUGCUUCGCUACUUUGAAUUUUGUUUAUUUGUUUAUGGGGGCUGUAAACUUAUCUCUGGAUUUCUUUAUAUAUCACUUGAUGACCGUAAAUUUAUAAGAGGCUUUAAUGUAUCCAGUUUUGAAUUUUUACGAUACAUCUCUCUGUGGUAAGGACAUCAAUAUGUGUAUCAUAUAUUUCAGAAAAAUACUUCACUAUUUAGUAAUAAAUAAGUAAAAUCAGUGACGAGAA